CUGUCAGUCGUGGUCAGGCACGGUUCUAAUUGGGUGGGGACAGAGCUGGGGAUAAACAACGUAGAUACAUUACGUCAUCACGCACAGAUCCUAACUGUCCUUGAAGGUAUAACACAGGCAAGAUGGUCGCAUACUGGAGACAGGCAGGCCUCAGCUACAUCCGCUUCUCGUCUAUCUGCGCCACCGCGCUGCGGGCUGCGAUGAAGCCUCAGCUCAAAGCCGAGGCGCUGAAGGCUGCGGAGUCCAACGUCAAAGUCUACAAAGCUAAAGUAGCAUAAUGAUUUGAGAAUCUGAUGUUGAUAGUUUCCCCAUGAGUUGUGAGGUCCUUUAUUGUCCUGUCCUGCACACCGCAGAGAAGAAAGAUGGAUGACAUCAAGAUGACGUGGAUGAAAUUCCUCUUUCAUUUGUAAUUUAAAUUUUAUUAAAGAUGAAUAUCGGAAAUACA